UAACCAAACACUGUGGCUAGCUCACACAGGCUCUGGGCUUCAGGCGGUAUUCAGGAAGUGGUCAGAUUGUAGGACAGACAGUAUUUUCCAGCCACUGUUGUGAGAAGUGUCUUAGCAGUCAUGGAUUCAUCAAACAGUCCAAAGAAAAAAGUAGUUGUCAUCGGUGGUGGCUUGGUUGGAGCACUAAAUGCAUGCUUCUUUGCAAAGAGGAAUUUCCACGUUGAUGUAUAUGAAGCAAGGGAAGAUAUCAGGGUGGCUAAAUUUAUCCGAGGAAGAAGCAUUAACUUGGCCCUUUCUUAUAGAGGACGGCAGGCUUUGAAAGUCAUUGGCCUGGAAGAUAAGAUUGUUUCCAAAGGUGUGCCCAUGAGAGCAAGAAUGAUUCACUCUCUUUCAGGAAAGAAAUACGCAAUUCCUUAUGGGACCAAGUCUCAGUAUAUCCUUUCCAUAAGCAGAGAACAGUUGAAUAAGGAUCUACUGACUGCUGUGGAGUCAUACCCCAACGCAAAGGUGCACUUCGGCCACAAGCUGUUGAAAUGCAAUCCGGAGGAAGGGAUGGUCACCCUGCUUGGAUCCGACAAAGUUCCCAAGGAUGUUACUUGCGACCUCAUUGUCGGAUGCGAUGGAGCUUAUUCAACUGUCAGAGCCCACCUCAUGAAGAAGCCCCGCUUUGACUACAGUCAGCGAUACAUUCCUCACGGCUACAUGGAGCUGACAAUCCCUCCCAAGAACGGGGAUUAUGCCAUGGAACCUAAUUAUCUGCAUAUUUGGCCUAGGAAUGCCUUUAUGAUGAUUGCGCUUCCUAACAUGAACAAAUCCUUCACGUGUACUUUAUUCAUGUCCUUUGAAGAGUUCGAAAAACUUCCGACCAGUGUUGACGUGCUGGAUUUCUUCCAGAAGAACUUUCCAGAUGCCAUUCCUCUAAUGGGAGAGCAAGCCCUGGUGCGAGACUUCUUCCAGCUGCCUGCUCAGCCCAUGAUAUCUGUGAAGUGCUCUCCUUUUCACUUUAAGUCACACUGUGUGCUGAUGGGAGAUGCAGCUCAUGCCAUUGUCCCAUUUUUUGGGCAAGGAAUGAAUGCGGGCUUUGAAGACUGCCUAGUAUUUGAUGAGCUAAUGGACAAAUUCAAUAAUGAUCUUAGUGUAUGUCUUCCUGAAUAUUCAAGAUUUAGGAUUCCAGAUGAUCAUGCGAUUUCAGACUUAUCUAUGUACAAUUACAUUGAGAUGCGAGCACAUGUCAACUCUAGAUGGUUCAUAUUUCACAAGGGCAUAGAGCAAUGCCUCCACGCUAUGAUGCCAUCCACCUUUAUUCCUCUCUACACAAUGGUGGCUUUUUCCAGAAUAAGAUACCAUGAGGCUGUACUGCGCUGGCAUUGGCAAAAAAAGGUGAUAAACAAAGGACUUGCCGUCCUUGGGUUGCUAGUGGCCGUUGGUACUGCCCAUCUCCUUGUGAACCACAUGUCCCUGCGACCUCUUGACUACCUGAGAAGACUGCCAGAGAGCUGGGCUCGUUUGCUUCCGGAAUAUGGGGCCCGUGUCGCUGAAAACUCCAUGGAGACACUAGAACAAAUUCCCUACUUCACUAACCUGUGACAGCAAGGUCCCAGGGUCGCAACUAUUUAAUUUAAUUCACUGCAGGAAGAUAAUUGCCAGCAUGCGAAUAAAUCCAACAGAGAACUCACUGUGCGUUAGUUUGUACUUCCUAAGAGGGAAAAAUAACACAACUGUUUAAAGCCAAGGCUAAGGCAGAAGGGUGGCUAUGAGUUCAAUGCAAGCCUGGGAUACAGAGUGAGUUCCAGUCAGCCUGAGCCAGUGUGAGACCUUGGCUAAUAAAUAAAUAAACUUAAAGCAAAAAUACCACUAUUUUUAAGUUGUAACAUGAGACAUCCACUUUCACAUUCCACUUUACAUACUCAGGUUGGAUCAUUGUACAUUUGAAACUAUAAUGAUCAAGGUCUCUUUCCUGGGGCUGGAGAGAUGGCUUAGCGGUUAAGCGCUUGCCUGUGAAGCCUAAGGAUCCCGGUUCGAGGCUCGAUUCCCCAGGACCCACGUUAGCCAGAAGCA